CGCCGGUAUCUCCGCAGGGUGAUCAUCACGAUGCUGGUCACCACCGCCGUGUGCUGCUACCUCUUCUGGCUCAUCGCCAUCCUGGCCCAGGCCAACCCCCUGUUCGGGCCGCAGCUGAAGAACGAGACCAUCUGGUACGUGCGCUUCCUCUGGGAGUGAGCACUUCCUGGGAACUGACGCCUCAACAGUGAUCCCCAUCAAAUCCAUCACCCUCUUGUAGCUGUUCCAGCCUCUAUCCUUCUGUACCGGACAGCCCCCAGAGGUGCUGGGACAGAGGCUGGACCCGCUGCCCAAGCACACCUGGAGCACUGCAGCCUGGACCAAUGGAUGGCUGGGCCCCCAAGCAUGGCACCCCUGAACAAGGGCCUACUAAUCCAGCACUAGAAGCAGCCACGCUACCAGGGAGAGAUCCCUCAGGUGGCCCAGUGCUGCAGUGACUGAGCACCAUCCUGUGAGGGAUCUGUGUGUGGUGCCAGCAGAUCCUGUCCUGGCAGUGCUUGUCCUACCCUCUUGGUGUGUUCAGCCCUAGCUCCCAUGUGAAACCCCUGCUCGUAGCCCAAGCUGCCCAACUAGUUGCCCUGUCCCUGAUCAUUACAUCCACUGGCUACCUGUCUGCAUGAGAACGCAGGAGCCAUUGCAUCCUCUGUGGUCUGGUCAGUCCCCUGUGGUGGGGGUGGUCCCUGCUAAGGCAGAUUCUGGAUGGGAGAAGGGAGGGCUGACCCUAGAGGAGCACGCAGACUCCCUUGGGUGUGAUAAGGGAGGUGUUGGGGUCUGCUGGAGGGGACGAAAAGAGCGCUGUCUCCCACCUGAGCAGUGAGGCAGCUGCAGUAGUGUUUAGGUAUCUCCACCACAAGAUGGGUCCAGGUUCUGAGAAGAGCCAAGCAGGGCACUGUGUUUCAGGUUUCCCCUUAUUUAUCAGAUAAUUUAUCCGUAUUUAUUUAUUUGUUAGUGGCGUUUAACUUGUGUUGUGGAAAUAAAUCCUUUUUCUAGUAAGUUA